AUGAUAUACUCCAAAACCACGAUUAAAAACAUUGCCGAGUCUAUUGGCGUCCCGAAACUCAAGGACGGCAUUACCACCGCGAUGGCCCAGGAUGUCGAGUACCGUCUGCACGAGAUAAUCUCCGAGGCGACAAAGUUUAUGCGGCACAGCAAGCGUACAAAACUUACAGUUUCUGACAUUAACAGCGCCCUGCGCGUGCGAAAUGUUGAGCCGAUUUAUGGGUUUGAGACUGGCAGGCCCGUGAAAUUUCACAAGGCAUCGACAGCGCUGGAAGACAUAUAUUAUGUAGAGGAUGAGCAGAUUGACCUAGACUCUAUCCUAGAGGAGCCCCUUCCAGCGGUUCCUUUAGAUGUAGUUUACACGGCACAUUGGCUUGCCAUUGAGGGCGUGCAGCCGCGCAUUCAGCAGAACCCCGUGCCUGUGGACGAAGAGGAAACGGCGACGAAGAAGCCUGUCAAGUCACAGCGGCAGGAGGGUGUCGAGACUAUACCCUUGGUCAAGCAUGUCUUGUCGAGGGAGCUGCAGCUGUACUUUGAGUGCAUCACAGAGUCGCUGCAGAGCUCCGACCUCGUGGUCAAAUCCACUGCCCUGGAGAGCAUCUCAGUGGACGCUGGAAUUCACCAGCUGGUCACCUACUUUGUACAGUACAUUGCUGUGACCAUAAAGGCCAACCUGCACAAUCUCGAGUCCCUGAGGACAGCCAUGGCUGUGGCACGAGCAAUACGCCGCAACCCUAAUCUCUUCGUCGAACCAUACAUGCACCAGCUUAUCCCCUCCUUGCUCACUUGUUUGGUGAGCAAGCGUCUUUCAGAAUUGCCCACUGAGGACCACUGGUCUUUGCGCGACGGCGCCGCUCAGCAGAUUUCGGAAAUCUGCAGCCAAUUUGGCCACUCGUACCAUACGCUUCAAGCGCGCAUAGCCCGUACCUUGCUCCGUGCCUUCUUGGACCCGACAAAGCCCCUGACUACCCAUUACGGUGCCAUAGUUGGGCUCACCAAACUAGGCGUCAGCAUUAUUAGGGUGCUGGUUUUGCCUAACAUCAAGUCGUAUAUGUCCUUGUUGGAUGCCGAGAUGGAGAAGGACAGUGAGCAACUCAAGUCCGACGGAGAGCAUUGCAGGAGCGCACUGCUAGAAUCUCUGAGAUGCCUGGUUGCGAGCGAUUUGGACGGUGACUUGUUGGUUGGCCUGACGAUUGUGCAGAGGAGCAGGCUGGCGGAGGUUGUUGGCGAGACCAUGGCCAAUUUGGUUUUUGCUGACAGGGAUGCUGCAAAGAUCGUGACUGCCGUGCUUGCUGUGGGCAAGUCGUCAAAGGAUCAAGAUGAUCAAGUGAACUAA